CUUGAUAACUGCUAUAUUAAGAUGUGAAACCCCGGAGCUCGAAGCUUCAGUCAAAAUCAAUGGAGAUUCCAUACAUUUUUCUUCUCUUCAUCUUCUUCACAUACUUUCUCACCAAACACCUUCUCCAGAAACACAAAAACCUACCACCAAGCCCUUUCCCCUCCCUCCCAGUAAUAGGCCACUUGCACCUCCUGAAAAAACCACUCUCCCGAACCUUAGCCGCCCUCUCCAAAACCCACGGCCCGAUCCUCCUGCUCCGAUUCGGCUCCCGCCCGGUCCUCAUAGUCUCCUCCCCUUCCGCUGCCGAAGAAUGCUUCACCAAAAACGACGUCGUUUUCGCCAACCGCCCUAAACUGCUCGCCGGAAAACACGUCGGGCACAACUACACCACCAUCAUAUGGUCCUCCUACGGCCAGCACUUGCGGAAUUUGAGACGAAUCGCUUCAACUGAGAUUUUGUCGGCGAACCGGAUCCAGAUGUUGAAGACCAUUCGGUUCGAUGAGGUCCGGUUGCUUCUGGGUCGGCUCUAUAGAAGUUCCUCGGAUGGGGAUUAUAUUAAGGUGGACAUGAAAUCGGUGUUGUUCGAGGUGACGCUCAAUAAUAUGAUGAGGAUGAUUGCUGGAAAGAGAUAUUAUGGGGAUAAAAUGGGAGGUUUGGAGCAACAGGAAGAAACAAGGAAGUUUAAGGAGAUGGUGACGGAGACUUUUCUGUUGGGCGGGGCGACGAAUAUCGGAGAUUUCGUACCUGUCUUGAAUUGGUUUGGGUUGAAUGGGCUUGACAAGAGAUUGAAGGUGUUGCAGCACAAGAGGGAUACGUUUAUGCAAGAUUUGAUUGAAAAGCAUAGGAGAGAGAACGAGAGUGAGAAUGAUCAGCAGAGGAGUAAGACGAUGGUCGAUGUGCUGUUGUCGCUUAAGAAAGAUGAACCCGAGUGUUACACAGAUGAAGUUAUCAGUGGAAUCAUGCAGGUUAUGUUAAUAGGAGGGAGCGACACUUCGGCUGGAACUAUGGAAUGGGCUCUAUCGUUGCUACUAAACAAUCCAGAUAUCCUCGGAAAGGCAUAUUUCGAAAUCGAAAAACACGUUGGGACUCAAAACAGACUGAUUGAAGAGUCAGACCUCAACGAGCUUCCUUACCUCAACAAAAUCAUUAAAGAGACACUCCGAAUGUGCCCACCAAACCAUUUGCUCCUACCCCAUGAAUCAUCCCAAGAAUGCACCAUAGGUGGCUUUCGCAUCCCACGUGGCACAAUGUUGUUGGUGAAUGCCUGGGCCAUACAGAAUGAUCCUGAGCUAUGGCAUGAGCCCAAUAAAUUCAAGCCCGAAAGGUGGGGCGAUAUGGAUGAUGCUAGAUUCUCGUUCAUUCCAUUUGGGUUUGGGAGGAGGGGGUGCCCGGGGGAAGGGUUGGCUAUGAGAGUGAUUGGUUUGGGGUUAGCAUCGGUAAUUCAGUGCUUUGAAUGGGAGAGAGAAGGGGAGGAGAUGGUGGACAUGACCGAGGGGACAGGGGUCACAACACCCAAGGCUCUGCCCUUGGUCGCGAAAUGUAGGCCACGCCGUGCUAUGGUGAAUCUGCUUUCUCAACUGCGCGAAUGAUUUACGAACAGGACGCUUGUGCCAAAUAAACACACAAGUCGAUCGACGCGACAAUGGAACUCUUGAAAUUACAAGGCAUUGAUGGUGGAGGUUCGAAGCAGAAGGAAGGACCACAACAAGUCCCAUAGUUCUGUAUAAGGAUUUUUUGCCCAUCAACUUCUUUGCAUUUCCUUUGUUCUUCUUUCUUCUUCUUCUUUUGUUUUUUUUCCCUCUUUGGUUUGCAAUUCAAGCUCGACCUGAAUGUAAGGCCUAGAAGUUUAAAACUCCCAA